ACACAGAGUGAGGCAGAUUCCAUCGUUCCAAGCAACAUCACAUCUUCAGCAGAAAGCCAUCAGAAUGCCAUCUAGGCUGUUGCUUCCACAAUCCUCACCCUCUCCUUCCUCAAAAAUCAUUCUAAUGUUCAUGGAUUCCAGCUCCCCUUUGCUUUCCCAUCACCCCAACCAUGCAGCACCAAUCCCUUUGCCUUUUUUUCUCACAAUGUGCUGAUUGGUUGGUCCAACCAGCAUCCUUUGCACAGGUUCUGUUAGGCAGGCCAGAUCCAUGAACAUUCUUUACGGUGCAGUCUCUACAACAGGCGCAGCCUUUUCCCCUUGAACUUUGGCUCCUGCCUAACAGAUGGUCACUUUGGGCAUGCAUCAUGGCUUUCAGUGCCUGCCAUUUUUGCUGAACAGUGUGCACUAAUCACUGAGCCAUUAUUGCCUUGGGAUCCAUGUCUUCAAAGUUGAAACUCUAGCAAACCAAAUCUCCAACAGCCAAACACAAUGCAAGUAGGUAGAUGAGGAUGUUGCACCAUCCAAGACAGUGAGGCAUCCUUGAGUGACCACUCUGAUACUAGCUGUUAGUAGUACACACCAAGUGUUCCAUAUAUAUAGAGAUACAAAGGGACCAAGGAAGGAGUAGUACACAUACAUCGCAUAUUCGCAUCACACAUAUACGCCAUAAAGAUUUGCAACUUUGCAAGAAGCAUGGAUGACUUCACUUUCCCCACUCUCCAUGCAGGAGGGCAGUGCAAGCAGCUUCAAUCAGCAUUCUCUCAUCAGUUCGGCCUCGGCUCCCCUCCGCCGUGGUUCGCUGCUGUUGUCGCCGGCGGCGGUGGUGAGGAGGAGGACAAGAUGGACAUGCUGUGGGAGGACUUCAACGAGGAGCUCGCGAGCGCGCCGCCGCUGUGCCCGCUGAGCCCGCUGAACAAGUCGGCAGGGCUGACGAUGACGAAGGAGGCGUGGCUCGACGACGAGAUGAUUGUCGUCGAUCCGGAGAAGCACAGCGGCCGCCUGCUGCGCGCGCACGACGGCAGGGUAGUCUGGCGCCGGAGAUGGAGCCUGCUGCUGAUGCUCAGGCUGCUCAAGAAACUGUUCGUGGUCAAAAAAUCCAGGAACAACCCAAGAACUGCACCGAUCUGAUCCUGAUCAGAUGGGCACGGGCUACCUCCAAGAAAUCAAUGGCUUAUGAGUUAUAUAUAUACGAGAGUGUUGAUUAAUCGGUAGUGUGUGUGUGUAUAUUGAUCUAUACAUGUUCAUUUGAUGUUUAUCACACAAGGCAAAUAGCCCAGGGUGAUCUUUUUUUUGCCGAAAAAUAUGAUCUUCUUGUCAUCAAUCAAUAUAAUCCUUAUUACCAGCUCGAUAA